AUCAACUCUUUUUUUAUCUGUGCAAAUUCACUGCUCUCCCACCCUAAAUCGAAAGCUUCCCCACGCAGUCAGCACGCAUGUGCGGGUAUGGGCCCCCAAGUGGCUUGCUAUUGAUUUCUCCAGCGCAUUCCUGGGUAAACGCACAAAGAGCUCUGCUCAACACUCCUUGUAGAUACCCAUCGCAGGACAGGCAAAGCUCGGAGCGGUUCUGACUGGAUUUUCAAAGAAUAAAGAGGAAUUAUCAAAAAACAGAGGAAAGAUGCAUGCCAGAUUUGCGGAUCCCGAGCCAGCGUCCCCGGACAGCGUGGAUGGAAUCGAAACGGAGUCACUGGAGGCAAGGAUUGAGGCCUUCAAGCAAAAUCCCCACAACAUGGCCGCGUUGCGGGAGGCGCUCGACGAUGUGCUCCUGCGGGCUGAGACGGAGGCCAACAGGCGAGCAGUAGAGAGCCAGAAAUCGCAACAGGGCAAGGAAAAACGACCGAGUUUCGCCAUACCAGAUUUUAGGAACGGCAAGGUGGUGAAUCGCGCCCGAGGAUUCGUGGUGCGGAUCUUUGAUGCCAUAUGCAAUUGUGCCAACAACAAUGCAGCGGCGGCCACGACGCGAUUCAAGCUGAGAAGCAACAGCAGCGGUGGCGGAGGAGGAGGUGGAGGAGCCAGCGGAAAUGGCAAGCGUCAGCAGUCCCAGGAUGAGCCAGAAACCCUAGUGCUGACCAAGAAGAAGCCUGCUGGCGAAGGCAAGAAAAAAAAGGGAGUCAGCAUGGCCAAUGACGUUCAAGCCGGCGUUCGACUGAUGGACUAAGCCAGCUAUAAUGGCUAUUAGUUGGCCAUACAGUGGGAAACAUAAUCAAAAUACCACCAGCCCUCCCUAGACACAACUUUUACUCAGCAAUCGUUUCCUGUCAUCCUACCACUUUAAUGGGUCUUGUCCUUUCGGACAUUUUCUACGCUCAAACGUCUUAAGCACAAACCAACUUCCAUGUCUUCCCUGAAGACCAAGUAUAUGGUUUAAGAUUAGAAGGCCUGCAAGGAAUCUUCAUAUUUCAUACAAUUUCCUGCGGAAAACUGAAGCUGCGCUUAUGGAAAAGCUUUAGCUCUCUACUUUAUUAUUUGAUAUACCUAAAUGUGAUCCCAGAUGGUAAUGUUAACAAAAACUCAACUCGAAGCACAAGCAACUUCUAGGUUAGUUAUGAAAGGAGAAAAACCCUAUACGACUUGUGUAUACACUCUCCACCUCUCAGACAUCAUUCGAUCCCACGCACAACACAAUCAACGGCAUUACACAAUCCCAAUGGAGUCAAGGGCUUGCCUAAAAACGAGCAUGUCGAUCUCCACCUAAUAUUAACUAUUAUAUAUCAAAUUAUAUACUUAUAUCUGUAUGACUAGGUGUGUACGGAACCACCAACCUAUUUAGAU